GUUCAAUCCGUUAAGACAGUUACUCCAGAACCUUCCAAACAUGGAGAAUCUGAUGAUACCAUCGUCAGCAUCCAGACGUCUUGUAAUAAUCCCACCUAAACAAGAAUCUGUGUCUGAAUUCUUGGAGAAACCCACGAUAGCAGCGCUCAGUUACAGCAAAAAUCCCAACCCAAAAAACCACAGGCACCCAUUUGACUUACCUUGGCAGAAAAGGGGGCGCCUUAGCGAGUGUAUAACAACUCUUGACGCCAUUUCCAAAACUGGGUCCAAGGUAAGAGCCAACACCUUCAGCAAUUUACUUCAGUCUUGCAUUGAUUACGGUUCUGUCGACUUGGGUCGACAGCUUCAUUCCCGAAUUGAUUUGGUUGAUAAAAUGCGGGAGAGAAAUUUGUACACGUGGUCGGCGAUGAUUGGUGCAUGUUCGAGAGAGCAGAGUUGGAGGGAAGUUGUGGAGCUUUUCUUUUUUAUGAUGAAUGAUGGGAUGGUGCCUGACGAUUUUCUAUUUCCGAAGAUUUUGGAAGCUUGUGCUAAUUGUGGGGAUGUUUGUGGGAAACUGGGAUUAGCGAGGAGGUUUUUUGAUGGUAUGGAUGAGAGAGAUACGGUAGUAAUGGAACACGAUGGUCUUGGGUAUUGUCAAAAGGGGCUUGCACAAAAUGGUAGGACGGAUCAAGCAUUGGAUUUAUUUAAAGAGAUGCUUUUGGAAGGGGUGACUGCAAAUGAUGUUACAAUUGUGAGUGCAAUUUCUGCUUGCACAUCCUCGAGAGGAUUAAAAACUGGUUGGAAAUUCGUUCUGUUGCUGUUAAGAUGGGUAUCUUUGAUGAAGUGGCGGUUGGGAAUUCCCUCAUUGGCACGUAUUCUAGGUACAGGGAAACAGAAGCUGCUAGGAAAGUUUUUGACAGAAUCGAAGGCAGGCAAAGAUGUUUUUACUUGGAAUUCAAUGAUUGGAGGAUAUUCCCAAGCAGGGUACUGUGGUAAGGCCUAUGAGCUCUUCAUGAAAAUGCAAGAUUCAAAUGUAAAACCUGAUGUCAUCAUGUGGAAUGCGAUGAUCUAUGGGUACAUAAAAAAAGGGGAUGAGGAUCAAGCCAUAAAUCUCUUCCAACAGAUGGAAAAGGAUGGGAAAAUUAAGCAAAAUGCAGCAUCUUGGAACUCCCUUAUUGCUGGUUAUGUGCAACUUGGAGAAAAAGACACGGUAUUAGAUCUAGUUGCAGCUAAGAAGGUGAAAGAGAUCCAUUGUUGUGUGUUGCGCAGAAAACUAGACACUUUACCUGUUACAAAUUCACUAAUAGACACUGACGCCAAAUCAGGUUAUGUUUUACAUGGUUUUUCUGAUGCUGCUCUUUGUCUUGUUAGUCAGAUGACAGAGUCGGGACUUAAGCCAAACAGAGCUACUUUCUCCAGUAUUAUCCUUGCACAUGGUAUUAUUGGAAUGGUGGAUGAGGGAGAACAAGUUUUCUCAAGCAUCACUAACAACUAUGGAAUUAUACCAUCAGCAGAACAUUAUUCAGCAAUGAUAGAUCUAUAUGGCCACUCUGGUAGGUUUGGAGAAGCAAUCAAGUUUAUUGAAGAUGCCCCCACAGAACCUGACUCCUCCAUUUGGGCUUCCUUGCUAACUGCAUCUAGGAUGCGUGGGAAUAUUGGGUUGACAGUCCUUGCUGGGGAACAUUUGCUCAACUUGGGACCAGGGAAUAUUUUAAUUCAAAGAUUAAUGUUGCAGAUAUAUGCAUUUUGUGGGAAAUUGGAGGACACUUCUAAAGUGAGGGCCCUUGGGCAGAGCUGGAUUGAAGAAGAAGAGAAGGAAGAAAUUGGUGGUGUCCAUGGUGAAAAACUUGCAUUAGCGUUUGCUCUCAUUGGCUCACCUUCUGUACCUAAGAGAAUCAGAAUUGUGAAAAACAUGAGAAUAAUGGCCACUGUUCUUGUGGUGAUUAUUGAUAAAGUAAAUAUGAAAAAUCCAAAAAUUGUUUGCUUGGAUCAUCUUCUAGGAAAGCCCGUAAGCUUUCUGGAUGCUAGGAAUAAUCUUCUUUUGUGGGAGAACAUACAGGGAUACAGGAGAGAAAUAUCCAGAGCUAGUGCUGCCUGCAUUUGGAAUCCCCACAAGCUUCAGUUAUAUAAUCUCUCCCAGUUAGUGCAGCAAUCUACCUUUGCUGGGUCUUUCUUCGCUGCUGGAAAGAUGAGUUUCGAGCAAGACGGGAAGAUGCCUGUACCUGUUGGUGUUGCAUCCUGGAGAAACGAAGAUGGGUCACUUGUUCAUAGCCGCAGUUUUAUGGCCUCCGGAACUGACAAUGUUGGGUACUCGGUGAUUCAAGGGAGAGUGGGCCAAGACUAUGACAUAUUUCUUGCUGUAAAACAGAAAGAUACAUUUGGCAAUCCCAAGCCAAGUCUGAAAGAUGCAUUUGGCAGUCCCAAGCUAAGUCUGAAAGAUGCAUCUGGCAAUCCCAAACCAAGCCGGAAAGAUGCAUAUGGCAAUCCCAAACCAAGCCUUUUUUAUAGGCAACAUUCUUCUUCAAGCUCUGACAACUCAAGUGAUGAGGAAACUAAAGAGAAGGUUUGGAAGCCUAAGAUUGAUGAGUUACCCUCAAAGCUAGAAGGUAGCACAAGCUUUGAUGAGUUACCCUCAAAGCUAGAAGGUAUCACAAGAUUGGGAUCAUUGGGUUGUACAGUUGAAGGUACCAUAAGAUUAGGACCAUGGGGUGGCACAGGUGGGAACGCUUUUGAUGAUGGAACCUAUACUGGCAUAAGACAGAUCAAUCUGUCACGCAAUGUUGGAAUUGUAUGGAUGAAGGUUUGCUAUGAUUGUGAUGGACAAGCCGUAUGGGGCAGCAAACAUGGAGGGACAGGAGGAUUCAAAAAUGAUAAGAUAAUCUUUGAUUAUCCAUCAGAAAUCUUGACACACAUAUGGGGAACAUAUGGUCCUUUGAUGUACAUGGGGCCUAACAUUAUUAAGUCCCUUACUUUCUACACUAACAAAGGGAAGCAUGGGCCAUUUGGAGAAGAACAAGGACCCUCCUUUACCAACCAAAUGAAUGAAGGGAAGAUUAUCGGCUUCCAUGGUAGAGAGGGUUUGUUCCUGGAUGCGAUUGGUGUCCAUGUCAUUGAAGGGAAAGUGCCGCCUCCAAAGCCACCACUUCCCCGUGCCAUCAUUCAAAAUCAAAGACCAUUAGCUGAAAUAGAAUACUCUCCCUGGUCUAAUAAACUGGUGCUAGCAAAGAGAGAAACAGCUGAAGAGGUACCCGUUGGAGUGGUGAAAGAACCUCUACCAUGUGGACCUGGUCCUUGGGGUGGGGAUGGAGGGAAAUCAUGGGAUGAUGGAGUUUUCUCUGGGAUCAAGCAAAUAUUUGUUACUAAAACAGAAGCUAUCUGCUCAAUACAGAUUGAGUAUGAUCGAAAUGGGCAAUCUCUGUGGUCUGUAAAACAUGGAGGUCAUUCAGGAACUACAACACAUCGGGUGAAACUAAACUAUCCUCAUGAAAUGCUUACUCGCAUAUCUGGGUAUUAUGGUUGCAUAAAAGAAGAGAAUAUAACAGUUGUAAGGUCAUUGACAUUUUAUACAAGCAGGGGUACAUAUGGUCCAUUUGGUGAGGAAAUUGGGACAUAUUUCACUUCAGCCUUGACGGACGGGAAGGUGGUGGGUUUCCAUGGCAGGAGCAGCAUGUACCUGGAUGCCAUUGGAGUCCAUAUUCAGCACUGGCUGGGAAAUCACAAAACCGGAAAGUCAUCUCUCUUCAAAAUUUUCUAGAGGAUAAACCCAUGUCACUCUUUGCCCCUCUUACUAUUGUACUUUACCCUGUUUUCAGGCCUAUAUUCUGGCCUUCAUUUCAUGUAGUUGUUGUUUAAUUCUCUAUCUAUAUGUUUUUUAGUUCAAAUAAAUGAAAGGAAUUUAC